AUGCGGACUCCAGGCUAUAUCCCGUCCAAUGGACCUGCCAACAACAUUGUGCAGGAAUAUCUAUCUCCGGACGAUGCCUACCCAGCAAGCUUUCAGGACUUCAAGGCGAUGACAGAUGCUGAGAAGAUCGAGGUAAUCGCUCGUGAGGCCGAAGAGCAUGGGCUGGAGCGACCCAAAGGAUGGAAUGUCUCGUUUCACUAUAAUCCGCAUGUCGAGUAUCAUCACUUUGGCAGCUCGCAUCCCAUGAAACCAUGGCGAUUGACGCUCACCAAACAACUUGUACUUGCAUAUGGACUAGAGUACACGAUGGAUCUUUUUGAGCCACGGCCGGCAAACUUCAACGAACUGGCCAUUUUCCACGACCGCGAGUAUCUAUCAUACCUAAGCAAGAUUACCCCGCAGAAUGCACAGCCCGAUGACCCGCAGUAUAUUACGUAUGGGUUCGGUGGAGAGUCGAAUGAUUGUCCAGUGUUUGAUGGCCUCUGGAACUACGUAUCCCUCUACACUGGUGCUACCUGCAGCGCGACCUGGAAUCUGCUCAACAGCCGGUCUGACAUUGCCAUUAACUGGUCAGGCGGCCUGCACCAUGCCAAGAAGAAUCUGGCCUCGGGAUUCUGCUACGUCAACGAUAUUGUCAUAGCCAUCCAACUACUGCUAUCACAUCACCAGCGGGUGUUGUAUAUUGACAUUGAUGUUCACCAUGGCGACGGUGUGGAACAGGCAUUCGAGUCAACCGACAGAGUAUUCACACUUUCAUAUCACAAGUAUGGGAUUGAUAAGCACGGUUAUCCGUUUUUCCCAGGCACGGGAAAUAUUGACGAGACGGGCCCGACGGACGCCCGAAACCCCGGCAAGGCUCACAGCCUGAACAUUCCAAUUGAUGACGGCAUCGAUGAUGAGCAGUACAAGUGGCUGUUCAAGACUGUUACGAGCGCAGUAAUUGAAAAGUACAACCCAACGGCAAUCGUGUUACAAUCCGGUGCCGACUCUCUGGGCGGAGAUCGACUUGGCCGGUUCAAUCUUAACAUCAAAGCCCAUGGCUUUUGCGUGGAGACGGUCAAGGCAUAUGGCCGCCCGUUGCUCAUCAUAGGCGGGGGUGGGUAUACGCCACGCAACGUCGCCCGGACCUGGUGUCAUGAAACUUCAGUGUGCGUCGGUGCGCAACUGCAUAACGAGCUUCCAGCCCAUGUGCCAUACCUGCAAGCAUUCCAAGGGGCAGAGAACGGCGACGGGGUGCUAUAUCCAGACCUACACAACAUCAAACGACACGAGAACCUCAACUCUCAGGCCAAGCUACACAAGCUUAUUGAGCAGGCGCUUGAGAAUCUGAGAUACCUAGAGGGAGCGCCUAGCGUAACGGUGGACACGCGAGGAAUUUCUCUCGAGGAGAUUAUGAAGGUCCGGGAGAUGAUUGACCAGGAGCUGGAGGAUGAGGCGGAGGAUCGGGCGAGGCUGACCGUGGAGAACAGCAGGCGGAAGAAGGAGAGGAACGUGGGGGGUCGAAACGAGCGGAGGUAG